AUGCAACCACCGAAUGGUGCAGAUCCUACAGUGACCACUGCACCGAAAUCCUUACCACAUAACGAGGUGUCCAGUAAAAGGCAAUCCAUCUUGAUAACAGCAACUGGUCUAUUAUUGACCUACGGUGGCAUGGAUCUUGCCCAGGGAAUGGGUUGGAAUCUUACAUCUGAUGUGGUGGCUACUCCACAGUUUCGAUACAGUUGGUCCAUCGGGGUCAUAAUUGGAUGUCUUUUGGGAUCUUUGGCCAUCAAUCGAUUUACCAAAGUUUACUUCUACAUCGCUGGCGGUAUUCUGGAGCUAAUCGAUGCCAUUAUCUUUCUGAGUGCUCCCUAUGAAUAUUCAUCGAUUGUGGCUGCACGUUAUAUAGGUGGCAUUGGCAUUGGAAUAGUCUCGCUGACCUUUAUCAUACACAAUUCAGAAAUUUCAGUGCAGAAUAGCCGAGGAUUGUUCGCUUGCAAGGAGAUUCUUGGCAUUACUUUGGGCAUAACCAUCCAAGUAGUCUACGAUGCAGAAUGGCUUUCGGAUAUGAAGAUGUCAGAGAAUCAGGCCCAUGGCAUAUUCGGUGUUAUCUUCUCAAUUGGAGCAUUGGCUAGCUUGCUGGGCCGAGUUGAAUCCCCAAUAUUCCUGAUACGACAAAAUGAGGAGGAAAAGGCUCGUGCUUCUAUGCAGAGAAUUGUGAGUCCUCUCAUAUCGGAUGAAUUACGGAAUGAAUUAUAUGAAGAGUGUCGCAACUACGUGAUCGAGGGGGAAAGUCAAUCCCUGUCUGAUCAACUUCGCUUGGCCAUGAUCCCAUUCUUCAAGCUUCUCAUCUAUCGCGCCUUUGUGCCCUUCUCUUUCUCACUUCCCCUUAGUAAUUCACUGAUAUCGAGCACUUUCGUUGCCGAGGGCAUCGAUCACUCCUGGCAGCUGGCCACUUGGGGCGUUCUGCGUUCAAGAAAUCUAGCUAACAAGAUGUGUUAA